UCCAUUCGGCCACACAUACAGGCCACUCACAACCCAAUAGCAAGGGCUGAGUGAGCGGCGACUCCGGUGAUUCCCGACGGGCAUUGCAGGGGGAGAGCGGCGAUUCCCGGCGUGCACAGCCGGAGAGAGGGGCGAUUCAGGUGGUUCUGGCAGACAACGGAGGCGGAGGCCCAGUGACGAGCUUCCUGAGACAGCGCCAUGGACGCAUCCGCGAGUGGGCGACACGAUGGUCUCCUCCCCGACGGCGUCCUCUCGUCGGCGAAGAGGGACUCGCCCUCCACGGGAUCUCGCCGCAGUGUGAGGAGUCGCUGGUGGAGGUCCUGCUCGCGGAGGGGAGCGACGACGAGUCCCCAUGAAUUUGCAGAGGGAGGGGGCGAUGCCGUCUUCAGAUGAGGCGGGGCGCGCUUAUGGCGCCGCGCACGAGCUGGAGGCCCUCCUUAAUUUGCGCAUGCUCGCUUGCUCUUCCACGCCGACGAGGAGGAGGCCCUCUUCCUCUUCCGAGAUGACGACGAUGAGGCGCAAGGCCGAGGCGACUGUGGCACCACUGGUCGGUGACGACGGGGCCGUGCUCCGCCUGCUCCGUGCUCACGCAGACAAUAGACGCCAUGGAGCUGAAUUCAAGAUAUGUAAUGGCGGUUUCAACCCCACAGUUACCUGCCCCGACGAGGAGCGCCGUCCCUAUGAGGCUGUCGCCUGGUUAAAGUGUGACGGCCUCGACCGCCUCGCGAUGGCCCCCCUGCGUUGGAUUCUGAUUUCCUUGUCAGUGUGACGAUGCUUGCGAUUUGCAAGGGCAUCGGAGCUCUGCGGGUUCCUCGACAAAAGCAAAUCAGGUGACCGUUGUUUCUUUGUUCUGGGAAAAUGUAGCUCAAUUCACAUAUGUGGGAUGAUCGGUUCAGUUAGUUGUACAGUCUAUUGUUUGAUGAGCUCGAUGCACUUUGUGUUGUAAGGAUUUUAUUUGAGAUAGUGCAGUCAUAUUAGCUUCUGCA